GGAAGAUCUGUGAUUGCCACAAGUGAUCAGAAAGAUAUCAAGGUAAAACGAUAUGACCACGUGGACGAUAAAAUGACAACUAUAUAAGGAACGGAAACGCAUUGCGUCUAUUAGAUUUGUUUUAAAAUAUUUACUUUGAGGAAACAGAAAUUGAUAAAUAAUUUUUGAGCAGAUUUAUUUUGAUCAAAAGCGAUUUGAUAAUAUAAAAACGUGAGGGAUUUGGCAGCUACCUAUAUAUUUAUAAGUUAUUAAUUCAUUUUGUGGGAAAUAGUGUAUAUUUCAAUUGUAUAUUGCUGGUACAAUUUAUCAAAAGUUGGUAAACCAGGCAAUGCUAUAACGGCUUAGCGGUGGAUUAAAUAUAAGUUACGACUAAACCAUGUUCAUCCGAGAUCCAGCCACUGCCAGAAUUGGCGAAGAAAUUCUGCCUUUUGAGUGUGGCAAUGUACCGGAAUAUUUCCGCAAAAAAGCUGAAGCGGAAUUGCAUGACUCUCCUGACAAAAGAGCUCAAGGACUUCGUCAACUAAAAGAGCUGAUAAAGAAGGACAAGCAUACCAAGCACUUAGAGUUUGAAGAUGAUUUUCUGCUACAAUAUCUCAUAAGCAAGAAAUACAAUAUCGCGAAGGCUUUUUCGUUUCUAAAAGCACUAGUCCAUUUGAAGAAAAAGCAUCCUGAGAUAUUUAGUGGGUUCUCUUACGAAGAAAUCUCGUGUUCAAUGUCCGAAAAUGUUUUAACCGUUUUACCCUGGAGAUGUCAGGAUGGAUGCGCAAUUCUCGCAGCUCACUUAGACAAUUGGGAUCCUGAAAAACUGCGCAUCGAUGAUCUCAAACGAUCAAUUGCAAUAUAUCUGUUGCAGUCCCUUCAAGAGCCAAUGACUCAAAUAAAUGGUUUCAAGGUCAUUAUUGAUGCAAAGAGCAACCCCAUGAAGCACCUCAGAUAUAUCACUCCAUCCAACCUCUAUUUGCUGUAUCACGGCACUCAGGAAUGUGUUCCUGCAAGAUAUAAAGAUAUCCAUCUCGUGAAUGAAUCACUAACGCUAAAAGCUGCGUGGUUUCUAGUGAAACCUUUCCUAUCAGAUAAGAUAAAGAAAAGAGUUCAUUUCCACAGUUCGAAUGAAGAUCUCCUCAAGUUCUUCCCCAAAUCAAUUCUACCAACAGAAUUUGGUGGAGAGUUGCAAAAUUACGAUAUGUAUGACUGGCUUAGAAAAGCCACAGAACCUGCAAAAUUAGAGGUGCUCGGUGGCCGACCCCGUCAGUCUUAACAUUUAUUAUUUCGUAUGAUAUUCGCUCAUUGGAUGCAAAGUCAUUAUAAGGAUGAACUUCAUAAACUGUUAGUGAAAGUGGAAACUGAGAAAUGUGUGUUAAAAAAUGAUGUUAAUUGACAUUUUAUCAGAUAAUCAUUAGUUGAUUAUCAUAUUCCUGAUCGUAAAAUACUUAAAAUACACAUUAUGACAUUCAUAAUUCACUGCUAUCAAUAAUUAAGGGAAAUUUCAGAAGGAAUAAUAAGGGACUAGAAAAGAAACUUUUUGCCCUUUUUUUGUUAGUGAGUAAGAACAUUAGGGUUAAAACCUGAUGUUUACUUUCCUUAUAUUCUUACAUUAUAAAAAAAAAUCAAGUAUUUUCUCUUCCUAUUGUUUCAUAUUUAUUUUGAAAUAUUCUUAAUUUUUAUGAGCAGUGUUCAACACUUUUAAACUCAAUAAAUUCCCAUUGUUUUCACUGUUGUAGUGGAAACUGAAUAAGUCAUAAAAAAAGAUUGAAUUCAGUAUUAAUUGAGUCGUAUAUUCAAAUAUAUUUCAUCAUUAGGUACUUAAUAAGUAUAUAUAUUAUUGUAUUUAACUUCCAUUAAAAUAAUGCGAAGAAAUGUAUUUUAGAGUGAAUAUAUAUUACUAUAAUAUAUAUAUAUUAUCAUUAUAUAUAUUAUAAUAUAUAUUAUCAUAUUAUAAAUCAUUUCUGCUAAUCUGCUUAAGACUUGCUUGAUUUUAUUAAACAAGUAAUAAAAACAAUUUGUGGAAUUAAAUUGUUAAAUGAUUAUGUAAUAAAUUAAAGAGAUCAAUUGGAAAAUUCCACUGGAAAGAGGAUGCAUUUAACUAUUAUCAGGAAUUGUUUUUCAUGUGACAAAACUUAUAUAUGCAACUAAUAUAUGCUAUAUGCAACUAAUAAUUUUGUUAUAAAAGAAAAACAAACAAUUUUUGAGUCAUGGAUUUGACUCAAAAAUUUUAUUUGUAUUCAUCCAAAUUAUUUUUUAUCGUUAGUUUAUUUUUAUCUAAUCCACAAUUAAAUGUACUUGUUGAAAAUCGGAAUGCAAAUUAUAAAGACGAAAACUGGUUUGUGCGUAUGAGUGACAGUGCUAAGCACUUUCAUACAGUUUCACUUGCUGAUUUAACCACAAUAAAUAGGCAUAUCAAAAACAACAAGAAUUGGAUUAGCGUGUUACUGGCUGGCGAAACAUACAAAUGUGUUUAGAAUGUAAGUGAUAAGGACAAAACUGGUUUGUGUGCAUGAGUGACAGUGCUAAGCACCUUCACACAGUUUCACUUGCUGAUUUGACAACAAUAAAUAGGCAUAUCAGAAACAACAAGAAUUGGAAAAGCAUGUUACGAGCUGGCGAAACAUACAAAUGUGUUUAGAAUAUAAGUGAUAAGGACAAAUCUGAUUUGUGCGCAUGAGCGACAGUGCUAAACACUUUCAUACAGUUUCACUUGCUGAUUUAACCACAAUAGAUGGGUAUAUCGGAAACAACAAGAAUUGGAUAAGCAUGUUACGAGCUGGCGAAACUUACAAAUGUGUUUAGAAUGUAAGUGAUAAGGACAAAACUGGUUUGUGCGCAUGAGUGACAGUGCUAAGCAUCUUCACACAAUCUCAUUUGCUGCUUUAAGCACAACAGAUGAAAGCAAUUUACGUGUUGACGAAAUUUAUAAUAAGCCAUUCCCAAGUUUAGCAGGUCGGGUAUUGUGCAAAUAAACUGCAUGCAUCAAAAAAAUAAUCUGAUGCCAUUAUACCUAUUCAGACGUCAUGGAAAAAUGAAGAUGCUUAUUUAUUCAAAAAUGAAAAUGAUAUCUUUAUAAAUUUGUAUUCGUAACAAUUUAAAUUAAGAGGAAAAGUUAUAAUCCAUGUAUUAUUUACAUCUAGUAAAUUUAAUUGCCUUUCCUUUGAAUACAUAUACAGUGUAAGGAUAUGAAUAUAUAUUUGCCUAUUUAUAUUACUGUAAUUUCAAAAUAUCAAAUGCCAGGUGACAAUAUUACAUUAUUCAGAAAUACUGAGUAGCAUUCGAGCAUUGAUUGGAAAUUGAAAAAUUUGCAUACAUAUAUUUUAUUAUUAUUAUUGUCUACAUUAAUAUAAAUUUCGUAGAAUGUAAAAAGUUAUUUCCUGUAUCCAGAUAUAUCAUACAAUAUAUCUUAUGUAUAUUCGACCAUAUUUAUGUCAAACAGUUAUAUCAUAUUUUUUUUUUGUAUUUACAUAACUAAUAAAAUU